AAAUAUUUGUUUCCCCAAGGAAACUAGGUAUAUUAAAAAUGGAGGACUAUUAUAUUAGCUGUGGUAUUUGAAUUUUUAAGUAAUAUCAGAGAAACUCCGGGCCAAUUUUAAUCAAAUUUACUACAAAUUAUCCUUGGGUGAAGGACCACGCCCUAUUUCAAGGAGAGGUAAAUUAUAAAGAAAAAAAGAUAAAAUGAGAUCUUCAAUUACAGUCAUCGUUGGCAUCAUUCUUAAUUUUCAGGCCACAAUAACAUUAUCGACUACCUGUCAACAAAAUAUGAAAGUAACAUCAUGCCCUAAAUCUAUUAAGGCAUGGAGAGAGAGGGAACAUUUAAAAGGAUGUUAUGUGCCUCAAAAUACCUGUGCUGCAUUUGGAAGUUCAAAUUUAACGUUCGUUUAUCACUGCUUGCCAAACGAGUUUUUGAAUGCAACCUACGAAGUCUGCAUGCCUGCAACAUAUAUACUAGGUAAAAGAUGUGCUGAAUAUAAUGUUCAUGGUAGAGUCAUUCAGUCCAGUUUGGAAAACCAUUGUGAAACCUGUCCUGUAAGGUACAUAUCAACAGAUAUCUAUAAAUAUCAAAGUUGCUAUGACAUUCUGAGCAGCUCAAAAGAAGUUUCAACAGACAAGAUCGAACACCAAAACAGAUAUAUGUCAUCGGUUGCAAUGAAGGCAGAGAGCUGGGUGAUUCCGGGUUGGGAUUUGAUCUUCUUAGUCGAUGUACCUCUGGAGGUUGUAGUGGACAACACCGAAACACCCAGUGAAUGA